UCAGGGCCAGUCUCUCGGAGUAUCGCAGGACGAGCUGGUGAGCCCAUGGGGACCCUCUGCACCGAAGAUGCAGGGAUGUUGGCCCUGCAGGAGCAGGGUGACUGCUUGGCUAGGACACUGCUGGCAGCUAAUUGCUUCUGCUCUGUGUUUCUCCCUAGGCCCCGGACCCCACGUGCCCCCAGUGUAUGGCUUGGAGGUGACUGAUCUCUCCCAGUGGGAUGAGAACGUGCUGAAACCUGCCCUUCAGAUUGUGGAGAGCUUCAUCCAGGGGCAGCAGCCGUUGGCCGAGCCUGUAAAGAUGGAGAGCAAGAUGCUUGAGGACAAAUGGAGUCAUCACAUGUGUGAGCUUUGUGACAAAAUCAUCAUUGGGGACCGCGAAUGGGCAGCUCACACGAAGUCAAAGACGCACGUGUACCAGCUGAAGAAAAGAUGGAAGCUGCACUCCAGCCUCAGCUCGGCAGGAAGCCGAGCCCCUUACACAGAGACUCAAGGAGAUAGCGACGGGACGGAGAACUUGGGACGGGACCAAAUCUAGCCUCUGUCCUGCCCCCAGCAGCCGGGAAGCAGGGUCAGCCGCCGUUCUGCCCCCCGAUGGAAUCGAUCGAAUGGAGCAGAGCACAGGGAGGGUCUGGGGAUAGGCAGAGCAGGCCGUAGGCAGGCGUGUGCCGCCUUCAGCCGGCAUGAAUGGGGCCGGGAUCCCAAAGCCUGAAAGCAGCCGAGCCUCCAAGCAAGCUCCCCGGGGGCUGCCGUGUGGCGUUGUCUGUCAGUCCCAGGCAGUGAUGCAGCAUCUCACCUGGGGGGGGUCUAAUUUGCCGGCACUUGAGUGGGUCAUUCUCAGGGACAGACACACUGUGCUCAUGCCAGCCUUGGCCACAAGCAGAGAGCUACGGGCUGGGGAAUUCUCGCCACCGUCAUUUAUUUAUGGAGGCUUUUUCCACACCUGAAUAAAGUAGAAACAUUGGGGGUUUA